CCCGAGCUUUCAUUGCGGACGCACUCGUAUUUGCAUUUCAAACUAAUUUAUUUAUUACUGUUAAAGUUUUCAUUCACAAGUGGAAUUUUUUAUUUUUUAAAUAAAUAAAGUAUAUUUUUUUUUAUUAUAAAAAAAAAUUUUUACUUGGUGAAUAUUUUUAUAAUUAACCAGUGAAGUUAUCAAAUAUAUUUAUAAAUUCAGUAGCUUAGUGAAUAAUUUCCCGAGUUUUAAUUGACAAACUUUUUUGUAAUUAAAGUUGUUUUUAUUUGUGAAUAUACUUUAAUUAUCCGUUUUAUUUGACUUUAUUGUGUACUCUGACGAGUAUUAAAAAACUUUAUAUUGCAAAGACUUUUUAGUGACAUUUAUUUAACGCCAAGUGGCGCGAUUUGAAUUUCGAGUUAGUCCUGAUAUGUCAAUUCAGAUGACGACUGUAGGAAACGGCAAUAAUAGCAUGACACCUGUAGUAGUUAAUUCACGCCCCGACGACAUUCGGAAGCGCGUGAUAGGGGCGGACACUCAGACCCAAGAUUUAUCAAGAUGUGGAAAUGUUUUAAUUGGACUAUCAUGGGUGCUGGUUAUUCUCACCAUGCCAUUCUCACUUUUUAUUUGUUUCAAGGUGGUGCAAGAAUAUGAAAGAGCUGUAAUAUUCAGACUUGGAAGAUUAUUAUCCGGUGGCGCCAAAGGACCUGGAAUAUUUUUUAUACUACCCUGCAUCGAUGCUUAUGCCCGAGUGGACUUACGUACCCGGACAUACGACAUUCCUCCCCAAGAAGUGCUAACAAAGGACAGUGUGACUGUUUCAGUCGACGCAGUAGUUUAUUACCGAGUUAAUAAUGCAACUAUAUCGAUCGCUAAUGUGGAAAAUGCUCAUCACAGUACACGUUUACUUGCACAAACGACAUUGCGUAAUACUAUGGGUACGAGGCCGCUUCACGAAAUAUUGAGUGAGCGCGAAACAAUUUCCGGUAACAUGCAGGCUUCGCUGGAUGAAGCGACAGACACCUGGGGAAUUAAAGUUGAGCGGGUGGAAAUCAAAGACGUACGUCUCCCGGUACAAUUACAACGUGCGAUGGCUGCCGAAGCUGAAGCUGCUCGUGAAGCACGUGCAAAGGUAAUUGCCGCUGAAGGUGAACAGAAGGCUAGCCGAGCGUUGAGAGAGGCAUCAGAAGUUAUCGGAGACUCUCCCGCUGCUCUGCAGCUUCGUUACCUCCAGACUCUGAACACAAUAUCCGCGGAGAAAAACUCGACCAUAGUUUUCCCACUUCCGAUCGACAUGCUGACAUAUUUCAUGCGCGCAUCAGAAGCCGCUCCUAAAUAAGACUUCUAAAUAAUUUAUAAAUAAAUAGCAAUCACUCAGCACAUACUUGUCAUUUUCUUAAUCUGCUCGUCUGCCAUCCCACAUGUCUCGCACUGAUUCAACAUUUUUUAUUUUUUAGACGGCACCUCAUUAUUAUUAAAAACCAAAAUAUUAAUAUUUAUAUAUAUGUUAAAUAUUUAAAAUAAUUAUUUGAACGGAUUCUGUACGAGGUUUAAAAAUUGAGUAAAUAAAUCACUAAA